CAGAAAAAAUUCCUUCAUUAUUAACAGAUUGAUCAUUUUUCUUUUUUUGUCGGUAUUUUCGCUGGUUUUCAGUCAACCUUUUUUUAUUUUUUUGGAAAUAUUCUUUAUUAUAUUUAAUUCUGUUAAACACUUUGCCUUCUCCUUUGUCUUUAUCAUUUUUAGUAAUUUUCAAUUUUGGUUUUAAAGUUUCUUUAUAUUUAUGAAUUUGAGUAUUGACCGACGAUCCAGCCCCAUCGUUUAAUAUUUUAUUAACAUCAUUUGACGUGUAAUCCUUUUCAACUUGUCUAGCUAUCAUGUCAUCUCCAUUAAACAUAUUUGGAUCUUCUACAUCGAUUUGAUUUUCUUCACCAUUUUUGCCUUCAUCCUCCCGUUGAUUGAAAAGAUUUCCUUGCUCCUCGCAAACAAUUGACAGGUUAACUAAAUUAGUAAGAUCAUCAGUUUGUGAUUUAACAAAGGAAGUUCCUUCAUUCUUAUCAGAUUGAGCGUUUUUCUUUUUUUGAUAGUAUUUACGUUGGUUUUCUUUCAACUUUUCUUUAUUAUUUUGGUAAUAAAUUUUAUUUCGAUGCUCAAACUUUUCCUUAUUUUUUUCGUAGUAAAUACUAUUAUAUUGACUCCUUUUUCCUGUAUUUGUUAUAUCGUAGUUUCGCUGAUUCUCGUUUAUCUUAUCUUCAUUUUUCUGAAAAUAUUCUUUAUUAAAUUCUCCUUUGUUAAACACUUUGCCUUCUUUUUUGUCUGUAUCCUUUUUAGUAAUUUUUAAUUUUGGUUUUAACGUUUCUUUAUAUUUUUGAAUUUGAG